UUUUCCGUGAGGACCAUCGUGUUGGUUAAUUUAUUCACUUGGUUCUGUGACUUUGGCUGUAGUCAAAUAGCAUCAUUUGGAUCUAGUGGGAUGCACUUAAGUGAGGCAGCUGAGAGAAAAUAAGGAUUUGUGCUGUGUAAACUCAACUGUGUCAUUUAGUUUUGAAAGCAUUUUAGUUUCUCUUUUUACAUGUUUCCAUGCAUAUAUGAACUUGUUUCCAUGUAUAUUGGGUUCUUCACUUUCCGUUGUUUCAAGUUCGGUUGCUUCACUUUCAUUAGCGUAAGCUACCAUACUCUGCCUCUGUCUUUGGAUAUGAAUACUUAACCAAACAAAGACAGGCUCAUCAUCUUAGUCAAAAGCCCCAAAGGUCAAGUUCUUCAAGCUAAAACGGCUUCACUGAAAUAUCUCUCGUGAUCUAUUCCCACCAAAUGAACUGGGAGCAACAUUUCCAACUUGCAAACUCUUCCUAGUUCCUACCCUUCUUUUCUCUCUGUCCAACGAUGCAUUCCGAGGAUCGCCUUCCAACCCUUUCGUUCUUUCUGAUGAUCACCAGCUUCACUUUACUUCACAUCCCGAAAUCUUUCAGCCAGGAUCAACAACAAUUUGAAACCUGCAGUGAGCCGUUUCGGUGUGGAAAUAUUGACUUUACUUAUCCAUUCUGGGGUGGGGAUCGCCCGGAAAGUUGUGGCUAUCCAGGUUUGAAUCUAAGCUGCCAAGGGAACGUCCCUCGGUUUACGGUUGGCCCCCUUGCAUACCGGAUUCUCUCCUCUGUAGAUACCUCAUCUCAAACUCUUACUGUUGCCAGAGACGAUCUGUGGGAUAAUAAUUGUCCUCAGUAUUUCCUUAACACCACCUUGAAUUUCAACAUCUUCAGUUACCCCAACACCGUCGAUAACAUCAUUCUGUUCUAUAAUUGCACCCAGCUUCCUACCAACCUCUUUCAACUGCAAUAUGAAUUUAAUUGCACCGUCAAUAGUACCGCACCAAAUACCAAUUUUUUCCAGACAAGUAGUGCACCCUUUUGGAGUGCUUGUGCCGAUAACAUCAGGGUUCCUAUUAAUCGCGCCGCAUUUCCGAGUCUCUUCAGUACUACGGCCAUAUUGAAUACUACGGAUCUUCGAACCGCAUUUACCACCGGCUUUCCUUUGCGAUAUGAAGCAAAUAAUACAGCCUGCAAUAAUUGCUCUAACGCAGGUGGCCAGUGCGGAUAUAACACUCGUUCCAACUCAUUUGCCUGCUAUCCCAAAAGUAGAAAUGGCGGUAAAAGUGGUCUCGGCAUUCCAGGAGGGCUCUUGACUGUCGUUGCUGUAUGUGUUGCUGGGAUCAUAUUACUUGCGGGCAUAUUGUACUGCUUUCUCAAAAGGUGCUCAUCGUGGGAAGCAGUGAUCUACUGGAAGUCGGACGAAGGGAAUAACCAACAAGUCGAAGCAUUCAUGAGGAAUUAUGGAUCAGUUGCUCCGAAGCUGUACAAAUAUUCAGAAAUCAAGAAGAUGACCAAUUCAUUUUCUAAAAAAUUAGGACACGGAGGAUAUGGUAGCGUGUACAGAGGUAAGCUAUCUGAUGGCCGUCUGGUGGCAGUAAAAGUCUUAAAUGAUACCAAUGGAAAUGGAGAAGAAUUCAUCAAUGAGGUCGCGAGUAUCAGCAGAACUUCCCAUGUUAAUGUGGUCAAUCUCUUAGGUUUCUGCUACGACAGGACUAAGAGGGCACUAAUCUAUGAGUUCAUGCCUAAUGGAUCCUUGGAUAAAUUCAUAUAUCAGAAGCGAUCAUCCGGGGAUAUGACUAAAGAUUGUCAGUUGGAGUGGAAAACGUUAUACGAAAUUGCGGUUGGCACUGCCCGAGGUUUGGAGUAUCUACACAAAGGUUGCAACACAAGAAUUGUUCACUUUGACAUAAAGCCUCAGAAUAUUCUGUUGGACAAAGACUUCUGUCCCAAGAUCUCUGAUUUUGGUCUGGCUAGAUUAUGUAAACAGAAACAGAGUAUAUUAUCAACGAUUGGUGCCAGAGGAACAGCCGGAUACAUUGCUCCAGAAGUAUUUUGUCGAAAUUUUGGUGGCAUUUCUCACAAAUCGGAUGUCUAUAGUUAUGGGAUGAUGCUUCUUGAAAUUGUCGGCUUGAGAAGGAAAAUUGGAACUGAUUCAGAACAAACAAGUGAGAGAUACUUUCCAGAUUGGAUAUAUGAACAUCUAGAACUUGGGAAGGACCUGGAGAUUCAAGGUGUCAUGAACGAAGAGGAGGAAGAUACUUCAAGAAAGAUGAUUUUAGUAGGACUGUGGUGCAUCCAGACGAAUCCAACAGAUCGUCCACCUAUGGGUAAGGUAGUUGAAAUGCUGGAGGGUAGCCUUGAGCAUUUGAAAAUCCCACCUAAGCCGUUUCCAGAGUCUCCUCCUAUGGCCAGGGAGUCCACCCAAGAAUCUUGGACAUCAUCAAUUGCAGUAAUGCACCAUCUGAAAAUGCAACCAUAUCAGCAGCUCCUCCUGACCCUCUGCUCCGGUCUUUCUCAUGUAGGCAUAAUCUUCCUCGUAGCAUUAUUCCAUAGUCCUGUAUCCAUGCAUGCAUACGAUCACCGGCACGAAACUUGCAGUCAACCUCUCGGCUGUGGCAACCUGGGAAACCUUGGUUACCCCUUCUGGGGAAGGGACCGGCCUCAAUUCUGCGGGCAUCCAAGUUUUGAAAUAGAUUGCUUAGAUGAUGUUGAUUAUGCACUGAUCAAUAUAACCUCAUUGACAUAUGCAGUACGCAGAAUCGACACUACUGCACAGACUAUGAUCGUUGCCAGGCAAGACUUGCUGUACGCCUUUUCUUUUUGUCGACCAGAAUUCCUCAACACAACCAUUGAUCCGAACCUUUUCAGUUAUAUCACUUCUGAUGAGAGAACUUUAUUAUAUGUCUAUUACGACUGCAGUUCGAAUUUCAGCCGCCCACUUCCUAAUUCUUUUCAUUGCGAGGCAGGAGCAAAGAACACCACAAAUUUUUUCACCACAAACACGAAACUUGCUCCCAGACCCGACUGCAAGUCUAUGAUAACUGUUCCGGUUGAUCGGCGAAUAGCUCAGGUCAUAGGGAACACUACUAGAGCUACAGGAAAUGAUCUAAAUGAAGCUCUUUCCGGUGGUUUCCCGUUGAGAUGGAUGGCCAAUAAUACAAGCUGUGAUUUCUGCAUUGCAUCAGGGGGCCGUUGCGGGUCCAUUCCUAAUUCGAACACCUUCGCUUGCUAUUGUCCGGAUAGAUCUUAUGCAUUUUCUUGCAACGACGAUCAAACUGGCAGUGGUUCGGUAACUGGCAAUCAAAGCAUUUCUGGGCAUCGGGGUCGGAUCAAGCUUGCAAUUGGCCUUUCAGUCUCACUUGGCUUGGCUGGGAUUGUUACUUUGUCAGCUGCUACAAUCUACGGCUACACCAAGCUAAAAACCUAUAGAAAGCAAGACAAGGGAAAGAACCAAAAGGUUGAAGCAUCCUUCAAGAACUAUGGAUCUCUAGCUCCAAAGCUAUAUAGUUAUUCAGAGAUUAAAAAAAUAACCAACUCCUUCAUUGAUAAACUCGGACAAGGAGGAUGUGGUAGUGUGUACAAAGGUAAGCUAUCUGAUGGCCGUUUGGUAGCAGUAAAGGUUUUGAGUGAUACCAAAGGCAAUGGAGAGGAAUUCAUCAACGAAGUUGCCAGCAUUAGCAGAACUUCGCAUGUCAACAUUGUUACUCUUUUGGGAUUCUGUUACAAGGAUGACAAGAAGGCUCUGAUAUAUGAACUCAUGCCAAAUGGAUCUUUAGACAAGUACAUAUAUGAGAAGGGAUCAUCCAAUCCAAGUCUCCUCUUGCAUUGGACCACCUCAUACAAAAUUGCGGUAGGCAUUGCCCGAGGAUUGGAAUAUCUACACCGAGGAUGCAAUACAAGAAUUGUUCACUUUGAUAUAAAACCUCAUAACAUCCUUUUGAGCAAAGAUUUCUGUCCCAAAAUCUCUGAUUUUGGCCUGGCUAAAUUAGGUGAGAGGACUCAGAGCAUUAUAUCCAUGUUGGAUGCUAGAGGGACACCCGGAUACAUUGCUCCUGAAGUAUUUUGUCGAAGCUUCGGUGGAGUUUCUCAUAAAUCCGAUGUUUAUAGUUAUGGAAUGCUGGUCCUUGAAAUGGCUGGCUUAAGAAGGAAGGCUAAUGAAGCUGACUCAGAGCAGACAAGCGAUAAGUAUUUUCCAUAUUACAUCUAUGAUAAUCUGGAGCUUGGAAAGGACCUGAAACUUCAAGGUGUCAUGAGUGCAGAGGACGAAGAGAUAGCAAGGAAGAUGAUUUUAGUCGGAUUGUGGUGCAUCCAGACAAAUCCAACAGACCGUCCACGAAUGAGCAAGGUGGUUGAAAUGCUGGAGGGUGGCCUACAAUCGCUGCAAAUUCCCCCCAAGCCUUUUCUGUAUUCUCCUCCAGCUAAGGAGUCUGCAAAAGAAUCUUUGGCAUCAUCUUCACAAUCUUUUGAGGAAACAGAAGGUGACUAGUUGAGAUUAACCAUUUGUCUUUCCAGUGAUGGUUGCCCAAUUGUUCGAGGUUUGAAUGCAACAAGGGAUCUGAGCUGCUGGACUCUUCUGAAGACGGAGUUCCCUCGGGCUGUAUACUCUAAUUAUAAGUGAAACAGGUUUUAGUUUUAAAGAGGUAUUGCUGGCAAUGCAAAUGUAAUCUAAAGUACCCUCUUAUGCUUCUUUAGCGCA